UUUGACAUAAAAUUUGGCGCGAUUUACUUGUUACCUAUUUAUUUCUACUUUGUUUGAGUUUAUUGACCAGAAUAUUGAUAAUAACAAACAAUCUAAUAUGGGCGAAGUGCAACAAUUGCGUGCAGAAAUCACUUCAACUUUUAAACUGAAUGGUUUUACUUUACGUCGGGAUGCAGGAACAUUUCUGGCUGAAGAGCUCAUACUGUUGCCACCUUCAGAACGGGACUCGAUUCUCGAGAAGCUAUCAGCUCAUUUACUUCACCAGUGUGUAUCCCAGCCUAUAUUAGAGAAGGAACAGAUAGAAAUAGCGUUCAAAGAGUGUUCUACAGCUGGACUGGAAGAACAUGAAACUGUCCUUAAUAUAAUAGAUGCAUUCACGGUGCCCAAGCUAUGUUACGACUAUGAACUAAAGAAAUUCUUGAAAGACAUCACUAACGAGAAAUGUUUGCUACCAGAUGCUCGAUGGAAGUCCCGCUUCAUGAUAGACAGGUACACAGUGAUAUGGCAGAGAACACUUAGGAACAAACUGUUCACAUUAGACAAAGUGCAUUCUUCUGAGAAUAAUAAACGUUUUCAGUUGCGCAAAGUUGAGUUUUUAUUAAGUUGCUCCAGCAGAGUGAAUGAUGUAGUUGUGCUGGGACUGCUGACACAGGUUAUCGAGAGGCAGUACCAUUUAGAAGACCCUACAGGCUCAGUGUUACUUGAUAUAUCAAAUGUGAGGUACCACUCUGGCUUGUUCACAGAAGGCAGUUAUGUGUUAGUAGAGGGCUACUUUGAAGACAAGACACUACAUGCAACUGGUCUAGUGCAGCCCCCAGUGGAGAGUAGAGAAGAGUCAUCCCCAUAUUUUGGUAACUUAAAUACAUUUGGGGGAAAAUCAAGGACUUCUCUGAAGAACUCUAAAGCUCUCUUGAAAAUCGAGAAUGACAAUAGAGAUGGAGUUAUUGUAUUUGUGUCCGAUGUUUGGUUGGACAGUCCCAAAGUGAUGGACAGACUGAAGAAACUAUUUGCUGGCUUCGAUGAGUAUCCUCCUAUAGCUAUUGUUCUCAUUGGUGAAUUUCUAUCAUGUCCAUACACUUAUAAAUUCCAUAUGCACCUUAUGAAUGGAUUGAAUUCAUUAGCAGAUACAAUAUGUCAGUUUAGGAAUUUACGUGAUUACUGCAAGUUUGUGUUUGUGCCGGGGAAGUCAGAUCCUGCUGCAGCAAAUGUUUUACCAAGACCACCGCUACCAGACUACUUCACAGACACUAUACAGAGGAAGCUCGGUGACAGUGCAAUAUUUACAACAAACCCGUGUCGGAUACAAUAUUGUACACAAGAGAUUGUUGUAUUUAGACAGGACUUGGUGAUGAAAUUAUGUAGGAAUACUUUACACUUUCCGGAUAACGGUGAUAUACCCGAUCAUUUGACAAAAACUUUGCUAAGUCAGUGUUGUCUGACACCCAUGUCAUUGGGAGUGCAGCCUGUGUUUUGGAGACAUGCUAGUGCGUUAAACCUUUAUCCGUUACCAGAUCUAGUAGUAGUAGCUGAUCAUUUCCAACCAUUUGUGAGGAAUUACAAGGAGUGUCAAGUUAUCAAUCCUGGUUCAUUCCCUCGUACUGAGUUUACAUUUAAUGUGUACAUUCCUGCGUCUAGGACUAUUGAAGAGUCACAGAUACCUAAUGAUGAUGAUGAUGAUGUUUAAUGAAAUGUUUUUGUAUUUGUCUUAGAUUUAUUUUAUUUUUUAAUGAUCAGCUGUGGACGAUUUUUGUUUGAUGCAUUUUAAUAUAGGUAUAUAAAUGUCUUUAAAUAUAGAUUGGAAACUUAUUGUAAAUGCCUCUGAUUUGCUUGAAUUUAAUUUUAUUGAAGGUUUCCAAAUCUAGGAUAUAAUUAUUUGUGUAGGAUAUAUUUAAAGGUGUGAUACUUUUGAGUGUACAUUGUAAAUAUAUUUGUUACAAAUUUCAGUUUAUUAUUGUUACUAUUAAUUUAACUUGUCGAGUACCGGUUUUGUAGACACAAUUAUAGAACAAUAGGUUGCGGUCACCGGUGACCGCUUGGUGUUUGACAGUUUAAUGCAAUACUUUUAAGCAAUAUGCAAUUUGAAAGUUUCAAUGUAAAUGCAACCAAUGUGUGUACAACAACAUUCUUGAAUAAACAUUAUUAAUAUAGGUGUGUACAUUUUAUUAAUUUUGUUAAAAUAAAGUGGGUAGACAAACAGAAAUAAUCAUGAAUUUAAUAUUUGACUAUGUCAAUAUAAAUAGUAUAUGUUGUAUUUAAAUGUUAUUCACAUAACAUUAACUAUAAGUAAUAAUAAAGUAAUUGCAGUUGUUCAGGCUUAAACGCCUUCAAGAAAUAUAAUGCAAAUAAAAUGCGUUCGCUAUUGCUGCUAUUAUGUUUUGUACAGGCGCAUAUUACAUAAAUAGAAAUCAGUCGUCAUCGUUCACUUACCCGUACCCCACCGACCGUGUAACAUUAAAAAUUGUA